UAUAGCACUAAUUUCAAGCUAUACGCUGCGCUGUUAUUGAUGGUCUCCAUGAGACUGAAAUAAAAAAUAUACCUCUCCCUAGACAAGAAACGUAUACAGUUCAAAAACAGAUCCCGAAAGUCCUAAAGCUCACCAGUUCCUUCUAGUAAACAGUAUGCCCAAUCAAAGACCGGAGACGUAGAAAUAUCUUGAAUCUGAUUAUCGAUAUUUUCGUUAUUACGCUCAUCAACACAAGCUGAAAACACUUCUGUUUUCAGGAGAGUUUCGAAAGUCGACUUUGCGGAAUCCGAUGUUAAAUGCGAGUUAUACUAACAACAUUAGUGAUUCCUGUUCAAUUUCCGCAGAAGAUACUAGACUUCUAUUGAUUUCCGGCAUACCUAAGUUUUACCACGCUUCUAAUUUAAGGAAUUUUUUCUCACAAUUCGUCGAGUCAUCUAAAUUUUCAUGUUUUCACUAUCGUCACAGACCAGAUAUCGUGGGUAUAGAACCAACUACUGAAAUAGAUGGAACCAAGUUCCUUAAGUCCAUCAAACUAGUUGCCAAAAGCAAAACAACCUGCUGUGCUAUUUUGUCUAUCUACGGAAAAUAUAUCAAAGAGCUUUUUCGUUUAUACAGUGGUCUUAAUUGGCCUAAUGAGAAUGACGAUGUGCCUUUAGAAUUGAAAUGUACCUUACAUUUAUUAGACCAUGCAACUGUGGAACAAUUUAGCUGUUUACCUGAGUUCAGACCACUAUCAUGGAUGCCUCGUGGGAACGUCGGGACACCUACUCAGUACUUUUUCAGUCUGAUCAAAGAGUGUAAACUGGAGAGUUCAAUCAUUUCCAAGCUUAAUUUAGACUUCUCUACUCAAGCUAAGAGCCGCAAAUAUGGCGCAGUUCCUUUCAUUUAUGGAAGUUUAAGUACAGGGGAUGAAAGGUUUCAAUUUUCGGAAUCAAAUAAUGCUGACUUUGAAUGUGGUGUCGUCUGUAAUUCUUAUAUUCCUAAUAAGCGUCGUGCACCCUCCAGUAAUGUUUUAGAAUUAGUUUCAGACCCAGUUAGUAUUGAGGAUGAGGAUGAUAUCCCAGAAGAAUGGGAUCGUUUCGAAGCAUUACAUGACGACCCGUACAAUUUAGACAGAGGGAACAAGGCACAGUUAAAGUAUGAAAGUAAAAUUGAACUUGUUUGGGAAAAGGGUGGAUCUGGCCUAGUUUUCCACACUGAUCAACGUACUUGGGAGAAGUUAGACCCACUAAGAAAAGAAGAAAUUUUUGACGAACCCUCAUCUUUCGAUUGGGAUAUAGACAUGCAGCCAUAUGAAACACCAACUGGCAUUGGUACGGGUCCAUGUCCAAAUGGAUUUCAGGGUGGAGAUAGAGAUACAGCUGAACUUAUUGAUAUAAAUCGAGAAAGGGAAUCUAUUCGUGUUCAAGACCUUGCACAUAAUCCGUAUGCCCUUUUUACCAGCGAAGUGAUUACCAAAGGUUAUGGUGGGCAACUAUUAAAACGGAUGGGUUGGAUUCCAGGUACUGGACUCGGAGCUAAAAGAGGUCAUCCUAAAGUUUCUUCGGGGAUAAAAGUUCCUAUAACUUGUGAAGGUAGUCUUCCACCCAGAGUUCGGAAGGGUCUUGGUUACUACGGGGAGCGAAUCUCACGCAGUUCUAACAAGCAGUUAUUCAGUGGGGGAUCAAACUCCUGUAAAAUAGGACACGCAACAAAAUCUGUAUAUAUCCGGUCUGUGUUCGAUUCUCCGCAGACUGUUGCUCAUCGUAGUGGGCUUGGCUUUUCUCCCAGUAUUUUGAGACGUAAUGAUCCUGGGAUGGUCGUAAAAUGGUUAAAUGAUAGAGAAGAAUCAUUGGAUCAUCCGUUAUCCUCUAAACCUUUAUAUGAGAGACUUCCAAUUAAAAACCGUACCAUUAUUUUGAACACUUACAGUAAUCUAUCUAAAGAGGGUAUUUCUUUUGUAUCUGGUGGUUACUUAAGUCCAUCAUAAUUUUUUCAAUGUAUUUAAACCUUAUGUAUAUAUAUUCUGUCGUAAUUCAAUGUGUAUAAAUCAGAGAUUUUUGUGAUUUCUUCAUAGUUUUAUAUUUUAUCUUGCAUUUUUUAUGCUUAAAAUAAAAUCCUAAUCUGUUGUUGUAUUAGUCGUAUUUUCGAUUUUUAAUUUGUUCUUAUGAAGCUAACGCCUGACGUUUUUAUAAUAUAGCGACAUUUUAUUAGUUA